CGAGAGGCCAUGAAGACUUCGAAAGUGCUCCACAGGCUGUGGACCCAGGCUCUUAGAAAGUUGGGCAUUUUGAAAAGCCGUGCCCACGGCAUGGACGAGCUGAUCUGGGAACAGUACACGGUGACCUUACAAAAGGAUUCCAAAAGAGGAUUUGGAAUUGCCGUGUCUGGAGGCAGAGACAACCCCCACUUUGAAAAUGGGGAGACGUCCAUCGUCAUCUCUGACGUGCUCCCCGGAGGGCCGGCCGAUGGGCUGCUCCAGGGCUCCCCCAGCCUCCCGGGCUCCACACUGCCCUUCUUUAAUGUCAUGGCCUUGUUGAAGGCUCCCCGCCAGUUGCGUGUGGUCAAGAGGCCCCGGAAGGUGCAGCUGGCCCCGCUGCGGGGCAGCCCCGCGGUGGAGCACGGCGACAGGGCUUUCGAGGCGAUGGAUGAGUUGGAUGGCCGGAGCACCCGCAGUGGCUACAGCGAACGGAGCUGGCGAAGCCACCACGGCGAGCGAGGCUACCCCUGGGACGACAGCCCCAGCCGGGGACGCCCCCACGACCGCGCGCAGAGCCGGGAGCGGCUGCACAGCGGGGACCGCAGCCGCGGCCGGAGUCUGGAGCGCAGCCUGGACCAGGACCACGGGCGAGCCCGGGACCGGGGCCGCGCGCACAGCCUGGGCCGCAGCAUCGACCGGGACGAGACCUAUGAGCGCGACUACGACCGGUCCUACAGCCCCGCCGCCUACAGCCGCCGGGACCACCCCGAUGCCCGCUACCAAGAAGCAUCCCGCAGCCGCGAGCGCCUCCACUCCCGCAGCCCCAGCCCCGAGCUCAGCAGGGGGAGGCCAGAGCAUGCUGACCCCGCGGACGCGGAGCGGCCCAUCGGGGUCCUGCUGACCAAGAGCAAAGCAAAUGAAGAGUAUGGUCUCCGGCUUGGGAGCCAGAUCUUCAUCAAAGAAAUGACCAGAACGGGCCUGGCCACAAAAGACGGCAACCUGCACGAAGGAGACAUCAUUCUCAAGAUCAAUGGAACGGUCACCGAGAACAUGUCUUUAACGGAUGCUCGCAAGCUGAUAGAAAAGUCCAGAGGGAAGCUCCAGCUGGUGGUGCUGAGAGACAGCAAGCAGACCCUCAUCAACAUCCCGUCCCUGAACGACAGCGACUCGGAGAUGGACGACAUCUCCGAAAUAGAGUCAAACCGGUCGUUUUCCCCCGACGAGAGGAGGCGUCACUAUUCGGACUACGAUGAGCACUCCUCCAAUGAGAAGCUGAAGGAGAGGCCAAGUUCAAGAGAGGACCCGUCAGGCAGAUGGUCCAGGAUGGGAGCCACGCCCACUCCGUUUAAGUCCACCGGCGACAUUGCAGCUGCUGUUGUCUCGGAGACCAGCAAGGAGCCCAGACACCAGGAGGAACCGCCAGCUUUCCAACCAAAACCAGCCCCGAGAACUUUUCUUCGUCCUAGCCCCGAAGAUGAAGCAAUAUAUGGCCCCGACACCAAGAUGGUGAAGUUCAAGAAGGGAGACAGCGUGGGGCUCCGGCUGGCUGGCGGCAACGACGUUGGCAUCUUUGUGGCCGGCAUUCAGGAGGGGACCUCCGCAGAACAGGAGGGCCUUCAAGAAGGAGAUCAGAUUCUGAAGACCCUUGUCAGGAGGCCCCGGAGGGUACAAACCAUCAGCGUGCUUGGCUGCUUAUCGAAAGUGUAUCGAGACAUCCUGGCUUGUGGCCGAGGGGAUUCGUUCUUUAUAAGAAGUCACUUCGAGUGCGAGAAGGAAACCCCUCAGAGCCUGGCCUUCACCAGGGGCGAGGUCUUCCGAGUGGUGGACACGCUCUACGACGGGAAGCUGGGCCACUGGCUGGCGGUGAGGAUCGGAAACGAGUUGGAGAAAGGCUUGAUCCCGAACAAGAGCAGAGCGGAGCAGAUGGCCAGUGUUCAGAACGCCCAGAGAGACAACGCCGGGGACAGGGCAGAUUUCUGGAGGAUGCGUGGUCAGCGGUCCGGCCUGAAGAAAAACCUGCGGAAGAGCCGAGAGGACCUCACAGCGGCCGUGUCCGUCAGCACCAAGUUCCCAGCUUACGAGAGGGUUUUGCUGCGAGAAGCCGGUUUCAAGAGACCCGUGGUCCUAUUUGGCCCCAUCGCAGACAUAGCAAUGGAAAAGCUGGCCAAUGAAUUACCCAACCUGUUUCAGACAGCUAAAACGGAACCAAAAGACGCGGGAGCCGAGAAAUGCAGCGGGGUGGUGCGGCUAAACACUGUGAGGCAGAUUAUUGAACAGGUGAGAAAAUCCAUCUGACUACUGUAUGUUGGCAGGAAGNNNGUCGACUUGUUGAAUUACACCCAGUGGUUCCCGAUCGUGAUUUUUUUCAGCCCAGACUCUAGACAGGGCGUCAAAACCAUGAGACAGAGGUUGAACCCGACGUCCAACAAGAGUUCUCGAAAGUUAUAUGAUCAAGCCAACAAGCUUAAAAAAACCUGUGCCCACCUUUUUACAGCUACAGUCAACCUCAACUCGGCCAAUGAUAGCUGGUUUGGCAGCUUGAAGGACACAAUCCAACACCAGCAAGGAGAAGCCGUCUGGGUCUCUGAGGGAAAGAUGGAAGGGAUGGACGAUGACCCCGAAGACCGCAUGUCCUACUUAACCGCCAUGGGCGCGGACUAUCUGAGCUGCGACAGCCGCCUCAUCAGUGACUUUGAAGACACGGAUGGCGAAGGAGGCGCCUACACCGACAAUGAGCUGGAUGAGCCGGCCGAGGAGGUGCCGCCGGUGUCUUCUAUCACCCGCUCCUCGGAGCCGGUGCAGCACGAGGAGAGCAUAAGGAAAUCCAGCCCCGAGCCCCGGGCUCAGAUGAAGCGGGCUGCUAGCAGAGAUCAACUGAGGGAAAAUAGCCCGCCCCCGACAUUCAAGCCAGAGCCGCCCAAGGCCAAAACCCAAAACAGAGAGGACUCCUAUGAGUUCUCCAAGUACCCUGUGCCCGCUCCCGAAAUGCCUGUGGCAUCUACCAAAGGCCAUCCUCCACCCGUGGCAGCCAAGCCAUCCUUUGGACGGUCCAUCCUGAAGGUCUCCACUCCCGUCCCGGCCCCAGAGAGCGAGGAGACGGGGGAGGGCAGCGAGGAGCAAGAAAACACCCCCAAGUCCGUCCUGGGCAAAGUCAAAAUAUUUGAGAAGAUGGAUCACAAGGCAAGAUUACAGAGGAUGCAAGAGCUUCAAGAAGCCCAGAAUGCACGGAUUGAAAUUGCCCAGAAGCUUCCUGACAUCUACGCGGUCCCAAUCAAAACACACAAGCCGGAUCCCGGCCCGGCCCAGCACACCAGUUCCAGAGCCCCUGAGCCGCAAAAGGGUCCUUCCAGGCUGUAUCAGGACCCCCGGGGAAGUUACGGCAGUGACGCGGAGGAGGAGGAGUACAGGCAGCAGCUGUCGGAGCACUCGCGGCGCGGUUACUACGGCCAGGUGGCCCGGUACCGAGACACGGAGCUGUAGCUGCCCGGGACCGGACUGCGCGCCGGCCCCCACAGCAGGGCAGCUGUCUGGCUGAGUCACGGGGCCACGGGUUGCAGGGGUCUUGCUUUUCCACUUCCAGUGUACUGUGGCGUUGUGGUGGGGAGCCUGAGGUCGUGGCCUGUCACAGGGAACCCAGGGCAUAGUCCGUGCUGCCAACCAAGAACUGAAGGCUCCACUGGCGGGGCUAGGGUGGGGCCAGUUUGUCCUUUUGCUCCGAAUGAAAAGAAACACAAGUCGUUUCCGUGGACCAAACUCUGCCUUCCUUCUGUUGGUGUAUCUUUAACCUGCACAUGACGGAAUCACUCGUUUGCCUCCUGAAUAGCUCCUCCCAGGACUGCCUCUGUGUGGGGCGGAGUGUGAAGAGAGGACUGAAAAAAAUACAAAAUGCGAUGGUGAUUUUAUCACCACUCUCUAAGUGCCUUUGAUGACACGUGACGUAAAUGCUCUCCUCCCUCGUGGACUGAACGCAUCAUUUUGACUGCAUUUUUGUACCAGUUUAACAGCUCUGGGGUUCUUUGCACUGUAUUCUCGUCAACGCCUUUGUCUUUGUAAUAUUUCUGUAAGUUCUGACUGUGUAUAAUAGCUUGUAUUGGGGAGUUUGACUGUAAGUGCUAAGUAGGUUAAAGACCAAGAAGUUGGGAUAGAAAAUAUUUGUUUAUUUGUACUCCCCAAAAGCAACGACUCGUGAAAAACACAUUUUACUUCCCAACGUGUAUGUUUUGACAAGAGUUAGUUUUAUAAUUUAAUAAAAAGGAGUACGGUUGCAAUCAGUAA